AUGCCCAAUUCCCCCCCCCCCCCCAUCAACAUGGUAGCGGAAUUACGUCAAAAACUACCCCAGGAGGGUACCAGUACCCCUGGAGAAUCCCUCGCUGAGCAUCCACGACCAUGCUAUUCCACUCCUGAGCGUGGGUGCUCAGGCUGCCCCGCGUAUUCUGGGUGGGGCAAAAUUCCGCUCAACACAAUAACUGCUCGGGGCAAACUGAGCAACAAGACCAAGGCGACCCCUGCCACGCUAUCCGUGAAUUUCUGCAACAUCAGGGGACUUCACUCGAACCUAAACGCCGUCCACUACCAUCUUGAGACGGCGAAGCCGGCCUUGCUCUUUCUGACCGAGACGCAGGUGUCCUCUCCGGCUGAUAUUUCGUAUCUCUCCUACCCGGGGUACAAAUUGGAGCACUCCUUUGUGCCUCGGGCUGGAGUUUGCGUGUAUGUCAGAGAGGACAUCUGUUCUCGACGCCUCGGCAGUCUUGAAGGUUCGGACCUGUCCAUCCUUUGGCUACGCGUAGACAGCGACGACCAUCCGCGCGUCUAUGUGUGCCUCUAUAGGUCCCAUAGCGGUAAUGCCGAAACAGACCGACUCAUCGACCACGUCCAAAUGGCUACAGAUUCCUUGCUACAACAGGUCCCAUCCGCAGAGAUCGUGAUCCUUGGCGAUUUUAACGCCCACCACGCCGAAUGGCUCGGUUCACGUUUAACCGAUCAUGCGGGGAGAUCUGUUUAUGACUUUGCCUUGGCAUAUGGUCUGACACAACUGGUUACAUCGCCUACGCGGAUUCCAGAUGUUGAGGAUCAUACACCUUCCCUGUUGGACCUUCUGCUGACCUCUCAUCCGGACGGAUAUCAGGUUUCUGUCGAUGCCCCUCUUGGCUCUUCAGACCAUUGUCUGAUCCGGAGUGUGGUGCCACUCACGCUCCCUUCGCGGUUGCGUUCUGCAGGUUGCCGCCAUGUUUGGCAUUACAGGUCGGCGGAUUGGGACGGAAUGCGGUCUUUCUUUGCUUCCUACCCAUGGGGGCGGGUUUGCUUCUCGCCGGAUGAUCCCAGCGCUGUUGCUGACUCUGUCACUGAUGUAGUGCUACAGGGAAUGGAACUAUUUAUUCCAUCAUCUGUGGUACCCAUCGGAGGCAGAUCUCAGCCUUGGUUUGGUCGCUCCUGUAAGACUGCAUUACGCAGUAAGCAGGAGUGUUAUCAAGCCUGGGCUGCGGCUUCGGUGACUCGGGAUGUAAACACCAGCACACUCAAAAAGAAGUAUAACUUCGCCUCCAGGUCCUUCAAAAGAGUUAUUGCCAAGGCAAAGUCAGAGCACAUAGGCAGAAUUGGCGAGGAACUAGUUCGCCUUCCUUCGGGAACCCGUGCAUUCUGGUCUCUCGCCAAGGCUGUCCAAGGGAAUUUCUGUAAGCCAUCACUACCAUCUCUGCACAGGGAGGACGACUCACUGGCCCACGACGCAAAAGAGAAGGCCGACCUUUUAGGCUCCCUUUUUGCGUCCAACUCGACUGUUGAUGACGGGGGGAACACACCGCCGACCAUCCCGCGGUGUGAGUGCUCCAUGCCGGAUGUGCGAUUCUCACAGCGCUCGGUUCGCAGAGCACUCCUCUCCCUUGACAUCCACAAGUCGAGUGGGCCUGACGGAAUCCCCCCAAUUGUGCUGAGGACGUGUGCUCCGGAGUUGGCACCGGUUCUAACGCGUCUUUUCCGGUACUCCUACUCCCUAGGCGUAGUCCCGAAAUCAUGGAAGACAGCUUUUGUCCACCCGAUCCCUAAAAAAGGCGACCGCUCAGAUCCGUCCAACUACAGGCCUAUCGCCAUCACCCCCUUGUUCUCCAAAAUAAUGGAAUCCGUUGUAAACUGCCACCUCAUGCGGUACCUUGAGGAUCACCAGCUGAUUAGUGACCGCCAGUACGGUUUUCGUCGGGGUCGAUCAGCUGGUGAUCUUCUGGUCUACUUAACUCAUAGAUGGGCGUUGGCAGUAGAGUCCAAGGGGGAGGCAUUGGCCGUUAGUUUGGACAUUGCGAAGGCCUUCGAUCGGGUUUGGCACAAAGCGCUUCUUUCGAAGCUCCCUUCCUAUGGGCUUCCCGAGAAAUUAUGCAAUUGGAUCACCAGCUUUCUUGCAGAUCGGAGCAUCAAGGUCGUUGUAGACGGUGCAUGCUCCGACUACAAGCCUAUUAACGCUGGUGUUCCACAAGGCUGCGUGCUAUCACCAACGCUGUUUCUUCUGCAUAUCAAUGAUAUGUUGCAAGCUGGUAGCAUUCAUUGCUAUGCAGAUGACAGCACUGGUGAUGCUCUAUACACCGGCCGUGCCAAUAUUUCUCGGGAAAACGUCACCGAGUACCGGAACAAACUUGUGUCUGAAGUCGAGUCUUUGCUGGACAAAGUCUCGGAUUGGGGGCGACUAAAUCUAGUCCAGUUUAAUCCUCAGAAGACACAAGUUUGCGCGUUUACCGCUAAAAAGAACCCCUUUGUCGUAUCUCCUCAGUUUCAAGGUACUCCCCUUGUUGCCUCAGCCAGUAUCGGAAUCCUUGGCGUCGACAUAUCGAGUAGCGUGCAGUUUCGUGGUCACUUGGAAGAGAAGGCCAAAUUGGCCUCUAAAAAGCUUGGCGUGCUCAGCAGAGCGGGACAGUAUUUCAUGCCGGCUCAACGCCUGCAACUUUACAAGGCGCAGGUUCGGCCUCACAUGGAAUACUGUUCCCAUCUCUGGGCUGGGGCUCCCCAGUGCCAGCUUCUUCCACUUGACCGCAUCCAGCGCAGAGCGGCUCGAAUCGUCGACGACCGAGUCCUUUCCGAUCGGCUCGACUCAUUGGCACUGCGAAGAGAUGUUGCAUCUCUUAGCAUUUUCUUUCGCAUUUACCAUGGGGAGUGCUCUGAGGAAUUGUUCGGAUUAAUCCCAGCCGCCAAAUUUCACGAACGCACAUCGCGGCAGAACUCCCGAUACCAUCCACACCAUCUGGAUGAUUGGCGGUCCACCACUGUGCGAUUUAGAAGAUGUUUUCUUCCUCGCACAACUUCCUUGUGGAAUAGUUUACCACCAGCGAUUUUUCCGGACCGAUACGACUUAGGGACCUUCAAGAAAAGAGCCUACUCCUUUUUAAAAGGCCGGCAACGCAUCUGCAAUUCUCCUGGUGUUGCGGUUGUUCAUGGGCGGCGGUAG